AUGGUCCGUCAACUUAAGCACCAUGAGAAGAAGCUUCUCCGGAAGGUUGAUUUCCAUACCUAUAAGUCCGAUGGUGGUCACCGUGAGCAUCAAGUUCGUCAGCGCUACCUCCUCCAAGACCCUAUGGACUACCGGAAAUACAAUGCCAUGUGCGGAUCACUGCGCCAGCUUGCGCACAAGCUCUCACAGCUCGACCCUGACUCCGACCCAGUGCGCAAGAAGCUUGAGUCAGAGCUUUUGGAGAAGCUAUGGCGAAUGGGUAUCCUGAAGCAGUCGCGCGAACAGGGUGCAGGCCUAUCACGCGUUGAACGUGAAGUCACCGUUUCUGCAUUCUGUCGUCGCCGCUUAGCUGUCUUGAUGGUACGGAGUGGCUUGGUUGAGACUAUUAAAGCGGCUGCUACUUUCAUUGAACAGGGCCAUGUUCGUGUUGGAACAGAGGUUGUCACAGACCCCGCUUUUCUCGUUACUCGCAAUAUGGAGGAUUUCGUGACUUGGGUCGACUCUAGCAAGAUCAAGCGCAACAUCAUGCGGUACCGUGAGAAGCUAGAUGAUUUUGAUCUUCUGUAA